AUGCAUGCAAUCAAACAGGCUAUAUAUAUAGUUGAGGUACCAUCAUCAUCAUCAUCAUCAUCAAUACAACCUGCAAGUGCACUCAUGGAGACUAAAACUGAGGUAUCACUAAAAUUGUCUGGACUUAUUCGGCUACCACCACUGGUUUCUGUAAAAUCUGCACCUCUAGCGGAUAUUAAUCAACCUCUCAAUCAGAUACCAUCGUCUUCUUCAACAUCAGCCAAUAUUAAUAUAUUUUAUGACAAUCAGAUACCACCAUCAGAGCCUGUUAUACAACCUCCACCAGUGACUGUUAUCCUACCUGGUCCUAUCAUUGGUGGCAAGUGA